AUGCUGGCAGCAUCGCAGCACCAGGCCUUCCCUGAGGCCCUUUUUGUGUCCCUUCCGGAGCUGCUGCUGUCCAAAAUGCCCUCUCAAAGCAGCAGCAGCAGCAGCAGCAGCAGCAGCAGGAUUCUGGCGGAGGCCUCCCUGCGCGACUUGGCGGGCCUCUGCAUCGGCAUGCAGCGUGCUGCUGCGUUUGCUGCUGGGGGGCCCCUCCUGCAGCAGCAGCUGAGGGCCCAAGGGGGCCCCCACGAGACCGCGCUGCUGCAGCAAGAGGCAAGGAAGCAGCAAAAGGAGGCCCUAGCUCUCUUUGAGGGGGCCCCUCAAACGCGCACUUUGCAGCAGCAGCAGCAGAAGCAGCAGGAGCAGAAAGAAGCACAAACUCAGCAGCAGCAAAAGCAGCAGCAGCAGAAAGCAGCACAAAUCCAGCAACAGCAGCGGCACAAACAACAGCAGCUGCACAAACAGCAGCAGCAACAGCAGCAGCAGCGGCGGGAGCAGCAACAGCAGCAGCAGCAGCAGCAGCAAAGGUACAUGAAGGCCGCUCUUCUUGUUUGGCAUUCAGUUUGCCGAGAGGUAAGGCGGCGUCUGGAGAAGGGGGGCCCCCGCGCUUUGGCCUUUGGGGGCCCCUCCGGGUCUUCCAGGGGAAAGCUGCAGCAGCAGCAGCAGCAGCAGCAGCAGCAGCAAACAGAAGCAGCGGCGUCUCUGCGAGAUGUGUGGUCCCUCAGCUGCUGCCUGGGCUGCGUGGGUCUCCUUUCUCCUUAUCUCUUUAGGGGCCUCACAGCUGCUGCUCUUCAGCUUGCUGCUCCCAGCAGCAGCAGCAGCAGCAAGCAGCAGCAGCACCCCGAACAGCAGCCAAACCCGCAGCAGCAGCAGCAGCAGCAGAACAGUGUUGCUGGAGACACUCUCUCCCCAAGGUGGGGGGGCCCCACAGGAGGCCUCCAGAAAGAAACCCCGAGGGCCCUCAUUGAGACCCCCGACUAUCUAGUGAGUGCAGAUGCUCUGCUGCUGCUGCUGCUGUUGCUGCUGUUGCUGCCGCUGCUGCUGCUGCGUCUUGCUGCUACUGCUGCUGCUGCUGCUGCUGCCUUGUCCCCGUCUCAGGUGGUUUACAAACCCCCCUACUGGCUCAUCAACACAGCCCAGACAGACCCGGGGGCCCCAGAAGCCUGUGGGGCCCCUGGGGGACCCCCGGUCUUCUGGGGGCCCCCUGGGGGCCCCCCUGGUGCUCUUGAAAUCCCUGCAUGGGCCUCCCGGGGGGCCCCCCUACGAAGCAAUCAGGAAGUACCCCUUGAGGGGCUAUUGGGGGGGGCCCCCAAGGCCCCAACGGGGGCCCCUCAAGAGGCCCGAAGGGGGGGCCCCCAAGAGACCCGGGGUGGGGGCCCCCAAGGGGCCCCAAGGGGGGCCCCCCAAGAAGACCUUAGUGGGGGCCCCCUGCUUAGCGAAAAGCUGCUAAACAGCGGAAGGCCUGAGCCACUUCAUUUGUUUCUGAGGGCCCGAUAUGUUGAAAAGAAGUGCCCUCUGCUGCCGGGGGCCCCCCUACAGCAGCCUGGGGUGCCCGCCGUGCGGCUCAGGGGGCCCCAGGGGCCCCUCGCAGGGCAGAGCCUGGGGCUAGGGGGAGAGGGGGGCCCCCCAGGGAGGGCCCCCAAGGGGGCCCCCGAGAGAUUUACAGCUGGAGAGGAAUUCGGGAGGGUCCUUUUAGACCCUUUUCUUGCUUCAGGCUGUACCCACAGACUUGACUGCGAAACUAGUG